AUUCUCUCACUCGCUACAUGGGAGACUCUUCUGCCUCAUACAUACACCUGGUACAUCACCUGAUAGAGACUUGCCUGACUUUCCACAUGACUAAAGAAGAGUGCAUGGAAGCCCUUUCAAAACAUGCAAAUAUCGACCCUGUCAUCACCUCCACUGUGUGGAAUGAACUGGAGAAAGAAAACAAGGAAUUCUUUGAGACCUAUGCUCAAUCUCAGAGGCAGAGCAAAGCUGACCUUAUGUCCGAGGAAGAGACUAGCCGAUUGAUCCAGAAGAUAAUAUCUGAUUCGUCAAAAGAUUCCGAUGACUAA